AUGUACAUGUAUUCUUCUCGACAUUUAAAUGGAACGAGAAUGUUGAAAGACUUUUAACAUUGAUAAUAUUGUUAAACAUACAAAACAGAUACAGAGCUGAUGGCGAUUCUUUAACAGUUUUAUAUGACGGAAACAACUUCAUGUAAUGUCAAUGUGAUGCUUUGGUGAGAUCUUACACAGAAGACACAGUGAGGACUUAACCACAGAUAAGACCAUGGAGCUACAUUUGAUUUCAUUGCUACUGUUCGUGAUGACCUUCCGGGAAGCCAUGGGUAAUCACAUCCCCGCUAGCUCAACCGCUUGUCACUUGUUUACAAAAUACACAACUGAUGACGGACAAACUUGUCUUACAAACUCAGACAUGAGUAUGAUAAUGUCUCGGUAUGUCAAUGGCGAUCUAAAGCUAGAAUCAAAGAACGGUAACCCAGUAUCGUUGUCCAUGACGUCAUGCUCAUGUCUUGGAUCAUUUUACAUUAAAGACACCAUGUCUAGCCUGUAUACGCAGAAGACGGUAAAUCUCCAUCCACAUGGCCAACUUAGAACAUCUAACUGUGGAGAUUUUUACAUGUACAACAUUAAUGGAUUGGCAAACUACAUCAAUAGCCAAAAUACUGUCUUUUGCUUAGAUGUUGGAAACAGAUGCACGUCUCUAAAUGCUUCUGGAAUAGUUACAGACGACAGUUUAAAAUCGUGCGCAGAGGUUCAGCCUGUUUUAAUGGAAUCAGAAGAUAACACUCAGUUGGAGCCUGUGUUUUUGUGUAUUUUCCCUCCAAUAUCAGAUGACGGGGUGUAUGACGUAUCAUGGUUUAUCAAUGACGAGGAAUUAACGUGGGCAGCCUCACACACCGUGCUGUAUGCUGACGUAAAUUCAACUGCUCUCAGACCUUCCAAUUGGACAGGAAAUUACUCAUUAAAUUUUAAUGUAGCAUGCGCAGUGAGAGCCCAUAAUACAUCAACAUCGCUUUCUGGUCCUUGGUAUACAAGUCCUAAAUUCUUUGCUGGAAUCAAGACAGAGCACCAAACCUACGAUGUAAUAGAAGGGGUGACGUCACAGAUAGCACUCGCCAGUACAAUACCUUUUAGCUGUCCCCUGUCCCUGAGUGAAGAAAUGCGAGAGGCAUUUUGUACAUAUUACUUUUAUAUAUGGACGCCAGCCGAGAACAGUUGUAGGAACGGCAUGGCUGGCAAUGGAAUAGCUCUGACGAACCAGCCCUGUGGGGUAACGUUUAACUUCAGAGACUGGGGUGACAGAAGUGUAUAUCUGAAUGUAACGGGAUAUGUCGAUGGCAUGAUAAACUACAACGACAGAACGACAUCUAUAUAUAUACAAUCGACGAGGAACCCCAUGGAUCAGAAGGGCAUAUGGGAUAAUCUAAAAGUAGACAACAUUCAGGUUAAAGUAACCGAUAGAGAUAGAUUUGUAACUGGACGCCAGUGCUUGUCGUCCAACGAUCCGCACAUGACAACUUUUGACGGACGUCGAUGGGAAAACCAAAGAACGGGGAUAUUUACACUCUACCAACACGAAACACUCCCAUACACGGUCCAUGUAAUUUACUCGGAAUGUGUACCACGGCACGCCACUUGCAACUGUGGUGUUGCAGUUAGGAAUGGUUUUAGCUUUUACAUUGUUAGGACUUGUGAAAUGAUUUCGCUAGAAAGUACCAAAAUGCUCUCAGUACCAUAUGAAAAAGAACAUCUCUGUGACACCACUGACCUUGGUAUUGUAAAAUCUGGGAGACACUACACGGUGACUUUCCCAACCGGAACACAAGUCACAUUCGGCAUCUCAUACUCGAAUUCCUUCAUUGGAAGCGUGAGAAUCCGAGCUUCCGUGGCAGACAUUGAGUCAUCUGUAGGACUAUGUGGGUAUAGUAAUGGUGAUACAUCUGACGAUUUCAUCCCGAAAGACGGAAAUAAUCCAACUGACUCGGCAACAUUCGCUCUUUCUUGGAGAAUACCAAUGAAUUCAAACGAUAGUCUUUUUUCAAACUCAUCAUCACUUCUUCAAGAUACCGCAUUGACAUACAACACAAAUGUCCCUUCUGAUGCCGUAACAACGUACUGCACAUGCGCACAGAGUGGACCGGUGGAUACUUACCAGUUUGUUUUACCGAACACCGCACAUUGUAACAUGACGUCACCAAGUCAGCUAUGCAAGGAAGAUAACACAGUUUUGACUUUAACUUCAUGCCUGCAUUCUGAAAAACGGAGAAAGAGAUUUACAGGGGACACAGAUGAUGUCAAAAUGGAGAGCGAACUAACGUACGACCCGGACUACAAUGAGUCGGCAAUCAUAGAGAUUGGAGGAUGGCUGGACAAGUGGAAUGAAACAUCAGCGAGAGCAUUCUGUCUGCGACAAUUUGACCUUGACCCCGCUGUAGAUAUUUGUAAUAGAUUAGUCAACAUCAGCAAAGAUUCUUUCAUAGACGACUGCGUUGCUGAUAUAAAGCUUUCUGGAAAUACGUCCUUUAUCCAAGACACACUGGACACGUUGAAAGGAGUUUGUCUGACAGAAGCCACAAGGAAUGAAGUUUUCUACGUCAACCAGUCGUCUGAGACCAAUAACUUGUCUAUUUUCGAGAUAAUUUCGUCAUUCUUGUGCCCUCGGAAUUGUUCAGGAAAUGGAGCAUGCGUAAAUGCUACUUGUUCGUGUUUCGAUGGCUAUCUUGGCUAUGACUGCUCCGGCAAUCUGUCUAUUCCUCCACACAACUUUCUUCUUCCCACAAAUGGAUUAUGUGACAGAAGUUCCAGGCAGUGUGCUAAAACUAACAUAAUGGGGUUCUUCCAUACUGAAAAUGUGACAGCAAAAUUCGCUUACUUCAAGGUAAACAGUCCUGACAUCCAAAAUUCUGAAUCCGUCAAGACAGAGACUGCAACCUUCCAUCACUUUAAUUUGAUAUCAGUCCAAAUACCAGAACCACCCGACACAACACGGCGUAAGAGAUCCACGAAAGCUGACCAAACGAUCCAUGGCUGGAAUAUCUCUCUCAGUUACGAUGGCAACGUUUAUAGCAAUCACGUAUCUCUAUUGAUAUUCGAUGGUUUAGUGUACAACUGUGAUGUUCAAACGCUUAUUUGUCAUUCGUCUAAGACCAUAUCUUCGAGUUCUACAUCUGAAAAAGAAACCAAAUUCGUAGAGAUUACAGCUGGUGCAGUGACUGGAAUAGUAGCAGUUGUUAUUGUAGCAAUAGUUAUCGCUGCGGUCGUGAAGAAACAUCAAAAGAAAAAGAAUGCUGUUGCUAUUACAAUGCCAACGAGUAUCUUGAGAAAACCUGUACAACCAUCUACAAGACAUCAAUUUGAGGAUUCCAUGUUACCAGAUAUCGACAAAAGUGGCUCUAAACCCUUUUCAAUGCCGCCGGAAAAGUCAGUGAUUAGUGAACGGCCAGAUUUUGAUGUCUUCUCGAUUAAGAGCCCACAAACAGAAUUCAACAGUCCCCCACUUAAAACCAUAAUUUAGAACAGAAUGCAUGAUCAAAUAUGUAUUGUAUGCUAAUUUUGGGUUGUAUGCUGAAUGAACCCGAGGCAGUUACAUAUAAUUUUCCGUAGAAAUUGUUGUCGCCCUAUAUUGUGUUAAAUAUAUAACUGCACUGAACUACAGAGAUUGGAUUUUGCCUGUAUUAACAUUGUGAUAUAUAUUCUAUUUACCAUCUCUUGGGCCAUGUUAUCUGUAAACAGUAUCUUCAGUAACUGCUUGCAGCCAAUCUUUAUGUAAGUGUACAAUGUCCUCUACAUAAAAAGUGUAGAUAACGAACAGCAAUCGAUCUCAUAAUUCCUAUAAAGAAUACAACAUCAAGAAUAAGACAAACACGGAUCCUGGAAACACUAAAGGUGUUUCUUUUUAAGUCGGAUUGAUUUUUUAUUUGUUCAUUUUGAUUUUGGAAAACCUCUUUUGUAAGAAAAUUAAAAAAAGCAAGUACAGUUAAACCUUGAUAUCUCGAAGGGGGGGGGGGACUUGAUUAAAGAGUGGUUCUUCAACUAAUAAUUGUAUGCGAAUAACAACAAUGCACGUUUUAUUCAUUGUUAGUGCUAACUGUGUUGAUGUGUUACUUAGUUUUGUGAAAUAUCAAUGGUAAUACUAUAAAAGAUACAAAAUGGGAUUUAAUAAUGUGAAAGUAAAAAUAUAUAAAUCGGGAGAAGCUGAGCUUAUAAGAUUUAAGAUAACACAUACGUGUAAGUGAUUAUGAUGAAUGUGAGAGAAGUGAAACAUUUGUACAUUAAUAUUUUUCUUUUUGUUUUAUUAGUCGACAUGGUAUGCAGUCUAUAUGCAUACCUUAAGAGUUAAAUUAGUCAAGAAUGAAUUAAAACUUUCGAGCUAUUCCUUUCUUAGUGUUUAUUUAAAGUUGCUCGUUUUUAAAUUGACCUUAUUACAAUGGACAACAUAGCAGUUUUACAUGUGAACAUUACAAGUCCUUUUAAAGUUAUAUGUUUUUUUAACUUGCAUUUUACGCUCUAGUAUUUAUUAAGUAAUUUUUAUGCUCUUAUGUCCAUAAGUGUUUUAUGUGGUAUGUACAGCACUGAAGAGUAAUUUCAUAUUAUAUCUAGCGCUUUAUAGAUUUUGUAUAAUAAUAAAUAAUAAUAAUAAUUCUGGGAUGAAAUCAAAUAGUUUACGAUAGGGAACCCUCACUGCUACAUAUCAGUGGCGCUUCCCUUAAACUGAUGACGUCUCUUCAUGAAUGAAAAAUUCUCGAAUGGCAAGUAAAGUCAAACAAUAUCCAGACAAACAAGUAGAUCGUUCAAACGAAUCCGCAUUAAAUUUGACAAAAGACCAGCCAAAGUUUUCAUUUCCACAUUUGUGAGCAACACAAUAGGGCCCCGUAUCCAUUAGGUGUGAUAUUUUUCUGAAUUUAAUUUUAAAUAGAUUCGUUUAAUGUUCGUGAAAUAUAUAUAUGGUAUGAAUAGGACAUUAAACCUGCAGUAAUAUACAUUUAUAUUACAUGUAAUGAUAAUAAUAAAGACCAUAUAUAUUUACAAACUAACAAAAUACAUGUAUAUAAAUAUGAUUAUAACAUAACUAAUAUUAUGAUAUAGAUAAAGGUUCUAUCUACGUAGUACCUAAAUAUACCGAUGGUUACCACUUACGGGAUUUGUAAUUCUAAAAAAAAAAAAGGGGGGGGGGGGCAAUGACGUAGUGGUAAUUUUGGAAUCUAAACAAAAAGUAGAGGUGAACCAGCUAGCCGGAGACGGCCGCUUACACAGGAGCAAAAUGACAGUUCAGUUCCUAAACUUGCUUAUAAUAUUACAUUAAUAACAAUCAUGAGUUCAGCAAAAGGUGAGAUUAGAAAAUAGUAUUAGUGAAAGGUUUUUUUAUGUACACUAGUUACAUGUAGCGGUUUGACUACUAUAUGCACGUUUUAAUUAAUUUGAUUUGCAAUUUAAAGCAGUUUGGUGGUGGUGUUUUUAAUUUUUUUUUAAAAGAUUGAAGAUAAUAUUGUUUCAGACACUAAAUAAUUUGAACUCUUUGUGACACCUUAAGCCUAAGCUAUUUUUAGAUAUUCUCCCAAUUCAAAAUCCAUUGAUGUAAAAUAAAAUCGGCAAGAAACUCCAUUUGUCUAUAUGUAUAGUUUCACUAAAGUUAUGGUUAAACAAGAAUAAACUUAACUUUGAAAAAUAUUAUUUAUAGGAUUAAACAUUCUUUUUGAAGAAUUUAUCGAUGUGUAAACUCUGGACAUUUUACUCACAAACUGAAUAAAAGUGCGAAGCACUUUUAUGUUAAGUUUGUGAGUAAAAUGUCCAGAGUUUACACAUCGAUAAAUUCUUCAAAAAGAAUGUUUGAUUCUUAUAAUUCCAAUUCGUUCCCUGCAUUAUCAUCUUCAAUAAUUUGAAUACUUUCCCCGCACUAUGUUGUUUGUUUUCAAGCGCAUAUGUAUACAUAGCGUUUUUUUGGAUUUAUUGAUGUGUGAAUUCUCGUUUAGAUUUAUCUUUGUCCAAUCAAAACAAUUGUAAUAAAUAACAUUGGAAUUAUAAUCUUACAACACAUGCCGUAUUGCAUAGUUAUGCAACGGAUGGAUUUUAUUUCAUUUUAUAUUGUUUUUCUUUUUUCCCUGAUUUCGUACAAAUAUUCACUAUCUGAAACAUGUUUUCAAAUGAUGAAUAUGAAUUGUAAAGAAAGAAAAAGAAAUUAUAAAGUAAGCGAACAAGACAUGGAUAUCGCACAUAUUGAAAUAAUUAUGUUUAUUGGUAUUCAUAACUACUCUGAAAAAUGUGUCCUAACAGUUUUAUUUCAUUUUCCAUUUAACGGUGUACAAAAACUGCAAUAUUACAAGCUAUCUUUUGUGAUAUAACAAAUUAAAGAAGAACUUCCUGGUA